GUUAAAUCCUGAAAAGUACCGAGUACUUUGAACGGACAAAGCCGCGUACUAGAUUAGGCCGACCUACAUAGGAUAUAAUUUUUCUGAUAAGCUAAUAAAUAAAAUAAUACAAAAACAAAUCUUGAACUAACGAAGAAGGCCAGGAUCUCAAGUUCCGCGGCGUAGAGCUUCUCAGAUCAGGUGAUUUCCUCCUCAUCUCUCUUCAUCAAAGUUCUGCCCCUGCCCCUCGCGUCUGACAUACGCGCUUUUGUAGUUGGCCAGAUAUCUGAUAUACGCGUUUCACCUUCCUUCUCGUUCCUCGUUCCAAUUCCUCAAAUCGCCGUUCCUCUCCCGACCGGCGCCCUUGCCCCUGGCGUCUGAUACUAUUUUUAUUGUUUUGAGUUGCGAUUUAGGUUGCGUUUCAGCCUCAGGCUUCGCCGGUUAGACAAUUAAGAAUGGCUGAAUUGCGUUUUUUUAUUUAUUUAAUUUAGCUUGCAAUAAAUUUACGCCAAAACUUUUAUCCUUUCAAUUAUUUACGUUUCCGAUUUUAAUAUUUCAAAAUUUUAUUAAUCUUGAACUAAUUGGUUUUGGACUUUGUAUUUUGGCUAAUUUGGGUAUCUUUCGCUAGAAUAUAUAAAUGUGCAUUUUUGCGACUUAUAAAGUGGACCAUUUUGAAUUGUUUUCAUUUUUCAUGGGAAUAAGUGUUUUCACCAAAGCUUAGGGAUUUAUAUUAUUUAUCUUAUGAUUUGCGUAAAUAACUUAAGUAAAUCAGAAUCUACAAAUUUACAGUACAUUGCAUAAUUUGAGAGUAUUCCAUAUUAUUUAUGAUUUUAUAAUUUUAUUAGGGUGCAUUUGUUAGUAAGAAGGGAACCAGAAGAAUAUUUUGCGAGUACAUGUUACCAAUUAAUAUAGUUUAGUAUUCUCGUUUACGCAGCCUCGGGGUGUAGGUUUGGAUAUGAUUAUUAAAACUGCUUCAGGUCCUUUCGAGAGCAGAAAUAAAAGUUGAAGUGUUUGGGUGGAAGUGCAGAAAUUACUCUGAUAAUCUGAUUUACUCGUAGAAUCAUUUUUUUAGAACCCGGGGGAAACUAACUUCUGAAAACUGAUUCUGCUCCUGCUCCUUUAAAAAAGAAGCAGCGGCAGAAUGAGUUCCAAACACCCCUCGAAAUACUGAUGAAUUUCUUAACCGCCCACCUCAAAUAUUCUUCUUGUUCCGCCCCUGGAAAACUAAAGUUGUUAAUCAAUUAUAAUCCCUCUAUCCCAUCUCUCUAUUAUUCAUCCAAAUUCUUCAGACUAAAAAUAUUUAAUCAAUCUUAUGUCCGAGUUUAUAUCCAGAAAAAUUUCAGCCUUUUCAAUUUCAUUUAAUACAUUCCAUUCCGUAUUGAGAUCUGCUACAAUAAUUUCGAUUCCGUAGUAAGGUUAAAGAAUUGAACUUUAAUUUAUGCAACCUGUACGUCCUUGAUCUAAAGCUGGGCUGAUCUAUACGAUCUAAUUGAGAUGUGUGAUACUGUCAUUUAUUCUUCCAUAAUUCGAAACACUGAUAACAGUUUGUAUAUUCACUCUUCACUCUCUGCAGGUACCAGGUGACUCCCCAGUCUAUCAUUAAAAGGCCCUUAGAUAUGAGGAUGGUAUUGGAAUGCAUAGAAUGGAUUUUUCACACAUGGAAUGACUAUAUUCAGAGGAGGAAAGUUGGAUAUAUUCCUAAAGAAAUUGUUUUCGAAAUACUGAGUAGGCUUCCGGCAGAUGAAGUUCUCAAAUGUCAACGGGUCUCCAAAGAAUGGAAGGAAAUUAUCGUCCACUCUCCUCUAUUCUCUCAAACCCAACUCUCAAGAGCUUCUCCAAUUAUCCUUGUACAAUACGUAUGUCCGUUUUUAGGUGCGGGCAAAAUGCAAUUAUAUUUUCUUGAUGAAGGUGCCAAAAAGAAGGAUAAGAUGAUGGAAAAUGUGUACACUAAGCCCACACUCAGCGUGCUAAAGGUCCUAUGCAUUCUUAUUUUUAGCUAUAAUGGGUUUCUCAUAUUCGAUGAACAUAUAGCGUGGAAUCACACAUCCGAGUUCUUUAUUUACAACCCGAUUACACGAGAAGAAGUAGCCAUCCGAAAACCGGUGAAGAGAGGAGGUCGUGUUUGUGGUAUGUAUCUUCACCCCUCGACAGGGGAUUACAGGUUUAUUUAUUGCAUAUUUGGGGAGAAUGGGGUGGGGCGGCAUAAGUAUGUGAUAGGUUGCCGUGGUGGUGGUAACGUGAAAUGGAGAGAGGUUUGCUCUCUUAGGUAUACACCAAGUUUCCCGGCAGCUCCUGUGAUCUUGAAUGACAUUAUUUACUGGGUUGUUAACAAGACCAAAGCAAUCAAGACACAGUCUUAUCCUUCUGUCUGCGCAGCAUCUGUACUCACUUUCGACACAGAAACUGAAGAGUUACGAGUUAUGCCCCAUCCUGGCCGCACAUGUACUAAUAGCAAUAGUUGUCAACUUUAUGACACUGAAAAUAUACAACUCCUAGAAAUGGAGAACAAGCUGGUGUUUUGUCAUCAAUCCUGGAAAUGCAUACGCAUUUGGAUGCUUGAAGACCCUAUAGAGUGGCAUUGGGUUAUGAGGUAUAGUGUCAGCUUUCACUGGGUUUCUCGUUACUUUAAGGGUAUAUCUGCUCGCCGGGAAGUAAAGCUGUUGAGAAUCCGAGAUGGGGAACUCCUACUUUGUUGGUAUACCACCGGUUUGUUUUUAUAUCACCUAGAACUGCAUACCGUGAGGAAACUGGACCUGGGAAUUAAAAAAACCGGACCUUAUGGGACCUACACUUGUGAUAGCUUUGCCUAUUGUAACUUCGCUUCGUACACCAAAAGCUUGGAGUCUUGGACAAAGCAUGCAUGAUAAUGUUUGUUUGGUUGGACUAACCAUGCAUUUUAUGUCAAUUUAUUUAUUUAACUUGUGCAAUACGUAGUAUAAUAUAUUAUAGACAUGGCAAUGUAUUUAACAUUUACUUACAUAAUCUUUAUAUUUAAUAUUUAUAAUUUGUUUUAAAGUUUAAA